ACAGUUUGUAGUGCCCGGAUUCGUCGAUACCCAUAUCCAUGCCUCACAGUACUCUAACUGUGGGAAAUACCUUGACGAAGACAUGCUGUCCUGGCUACACAAAUACACAUUUCCCACCGAAGCAAAAUUUGCUGAUCCUAACUUCGCCACCACGAAGUAUUGGAAGGUCGUGUCUCGGGUGAUCAAAAAUGGAACGACCACAGCCAGCUAUUAUGCAACAAUUCAUACCAGUCCGACACUGAAACUCUGUGACAUAUUACAAAGUAUUGGACAGAGGGCAAUUGUAGGCAAAGUCAAUAUGGACCAAAACUGCCCUGACAAUUACAAAGAAAAAACAACGACAUCAGUACAGGAUACCUUACGAUAUGUUCAAGAAGUUGAAAGUAGAAAGUACACACAUAUCAAACCAUCGAUCACUCCCAGGUUUGCAGGUAAUUGCUCUAUGGAGUUAAUGAGGCGACUUGGACAUAUUGCCAAAAGUCAUAAUCUUCAUGUGCAG